ACAUGGCGGCGCUCAGCGGCCCGCGCAGCCCGGCCCGCACCGCGCCUGGCCGCCGCCUGCGGGGCGGGACCUGGCCCUCCGCGUGCCUGCGGCUGGCCCUGUGCAGUCAUGAGGGGCUUAUGGCGUGUCCCUGCAUAGAUACACGUGUGCGUGCGUCCGUGCGUAUGUAUAUGUGUCUGUGAGCCUGUAUACACGCACGCAGGUGUGCGCGCAGGGCUCGGUGUGUGAACGCCAUCAGACAGGGAAAUCGGGAUGUGCCGGCAAAACGUCCGCUGGUUUUCUGGUGUCCUGUGUGUUUCUUGUCUCUCCUGUCACUGCAGAAAGCAAAGGGGUUGCUGUUUCGUGCCUGUUGUAGAUGCAGUGUUCUCCGGUGAAGUUGUCUUUGGGGAAUUGUGUGGGUGUCGAGCACAGAGGAGCUGCUAGUGUGGAAAAAUUGCGCUUGCCAUUAGAAAGAAGAGGUUAUAAUUGUAAUUGAUUUGAAUUGAGAGUGUUUUGCUGAGUAACAGUUUAAUGUGUUCAUUCUUUUACUUGCCCUGUUUGUCCACUGACAAUGGCCGCUGUCACUGCCCAGUGUCUUCUGUUUUCAGAAGAAAUAAAAACUAAUUUUGAAGGAGUACAGCUCGUUCACACUUCUUUUAUUUUUUCCCCAAAUGGCUUUACUGACUUUAAAAUUACAUUUCUCUAACAGGCUGCCAUAGUUAUAUCACAGGAUAUCUCUUUGAUUUUUUAUGUUUGUGUACAUACACUGCUAAUGCUUUUUUUUUCCCUGUUACAUUUGAUUCAGUGUGAUUCCCUACUUUUAUGCUGCUGUUCUUUCAUGAAGUUUUUAAUUAGAAACUAUUCAAUAUCUGCAGAUCUAGCAGGCAGGGUUUUAGACUAUCAGAAUAUAGGUUAUACUUUCUCUACUAUUUUCUUUUUUACUGUUUGCAGAGGCUUUAAACAAAAAAGGCCUCUUAUUUUUAUUCUUUAUUCAGGCUUAUAGUAGGCGUUGAGUGUUGUUUUAGUUGAGUUUCUUCUUAAUGACACUCAUAUCACUUUGUUUCCUAGAGAAUUGGUGAGCAGAAAACUUGUUUUUAAGGAAAUAUCUGGCAUGUGCUGAGAAACAAGUCAGAAAACCUGGCCAAAAGCUAAUGUCGUCCGAAACGCCCACAGACAGGCCAGAGGUGCCAGUGGAAAGUACCCUGCUCCCUGAAGUUCCUGAUGUGGAAGGAAAGGCGAAGGCAAGUGACAAUCCAGUAGACAGACUGGAGGCAGGCUCGGGCAAGGAAGAAUGCCUUGAGUCCUUGUCCAAGAGGCAAAAGAAGAAGCUGCUGAAGCAGAAGCAGUGGGAAGAACAGAAAGAUCUACGGAGGCAGAAACGAAAAGAAAAACGCCAGAAGAGAAAACUAGAACGUCAGUCAAAAUUGGAUUCCAGUAGUGAGGGGAAUGACAGAAAGUGCAUGCGCAGGGAAGCUGUUCCCAGUACGCUUCGCCUCAUUGUGGACUGCAGCUUUGAUGACCUGAUGGUGUUAAAGGAUGUUAAGAAGCUCCACAAGCAGAUUCAGAGAUGUUAUGCAGAAAACCGCAAGGCAUUUCAUCCUGUGCAGUUUUACUUGACUAGCCAUGGGGGACAGUUGAAGACCAACAUGAACGAAAAUGACAAAGGAUGGGUGAAUUGGAAGGAUAUCCAAAUUAGAACAGAGCACUAUAGUGAGCUAAUAAAGAAAGAAGACCUAGUAUAUCUUACCUCAGAUUCCCCAGAUGUUCUCAGAGAGCUUGAUGAGAAGAAAGCCUAUGUGAUUGGAGGACUGGUGGAUCACAAUCACCACAAGGGAAUUACUUACAAAAAAGCUGUAGAGCAGGGAAUUGGUCAUGCACAGCUCCCACUUGGAAACUUUGUCAAAAUGAACAGUCGGAAAGUGUUAGCUGUCAAUCAUGUGUUUGAGAUCAUCCUUGCAUAUCUGGAGAAGAGAGACUGGAAGGAGGCCUUUUUCAGUGUCCUGCCACAGAGGAAAGGGGCUGUUCCUUUGGGAGUAGCCAGUGAUUCGUCCAAACAUGCACAGUCUGGAAAAGAAGAUGAAGACAAUGACUCGGACAGCAACUAGGCUUCAGAAUCAGAUGAUGGGAAAGAUGAGACUUGCAGUUCAUGGGAUAAAACUGGGACAUGAAGUAGUUACACUUCAAAGACCAUCUACUGCCCAUAUAAUUCUGAACUGUCUCAGUGCUCAGUAGUCCCAGAGCUGUUUCUGUGCAUGAAGGGUAAACUUAAAUACAGCUUUUUACCUUGAAACUUCAAUAUAAUAGCUUUAAAAAAAAAAAAAAAAGAAAUUAAUGGCAAAUGCAGCAUUUAUUUUUUUUCCCAGGGAAGCUGUUUAAUUUAAUUUUUUAGUAUUAUUUUUUUAUACAUACCAAGUUGGGUGUGAAUGCCAAGAGCAUCAGUAGUUACUAUUUUAAUGUAUACAUUGUCUCAAUUUCUGCUCAAAGUUCUCUUAAAAGCAAUGAAUGACAAGUGUUCCUUUGACUCCAAAACCUGUACCACUAGCGCCUGCUGCAAAGUGUGCAUGAACACUCUAAAGAAAAAUUCUGAUUUUCCUGAGCAUCUCAACAGACAAUCACAAGCAACUGAACUGCCUGAUUUUAUAUGUCAUGUUUAGUUAGCUGAGAUCAGUAGGUGAAGUGUGAAUGUGAGGUUAAGCCAGUUCUUUAUACUUGAGCUUGAGUGGGAUGGGUGUCAGCACAGGAUCAAAUCACGUGCCUUGGCUGGCAUGUGGUGCAUUAUCGCUGUCUCUGGCUCUGUCGUUUCUGUGCCGGAGCACGAGGUGUAGCAAUCUCUGAAAGGCGUCUCUAAAGCAAAGCCGCUCGGCAGGAUCAGCCACACACACUCACACACGUGUGCACACACAAACGCACGGGUAGCUUCAGUAAUAUGGCUCAGCGGCAAAGAGGCAGGAAGGACCUUGCAUAGAUUUCCACAGGAGCAGUUUAUUGCUUCUACACUGCGAAGGGUUCUAGAGGCAAAGACCCAGAACAACAGAGAACUCAGGCUUAAGUACAGGAGUGGGGCUAGCACCAGGAACCAAUGGUGUAAGGGCACAGGAGCAGUACAAAGGUGGGGAAUGGGGACCAGUGGGGGAGCUCUGGGGGAGUGGCGAGGGGCAGAGGCCAAUGGGGGGAACCUGGAGUGGAGAACUUUCUAUGGCAUGGAACAUAUAAGGUAGCAAGGGGGCGGAGCGGCCAACAGCCAGCCAGGAAUGCAGAACUGGGGUAGAUUGCCGUAGCAGAACAAAGCAUUCUGGGAGAGGCUUCUUUUCUCACCGUGACCUUGACAGAACCCUCUGGACUAGGGACUAGGGACUGUCUUGCCCAGAACUCUCUCUGUCCCUUGUACCAGAGGCUAACCAGCCACCACAGUGCAUCCUGAGAUGACACAAUCACUUUAGAUUACUUCUUAAUUUUCUUAGCAAAAUUUCUCACACAGCCUCAGAACAACACCAGGAGACAGGAACUCUUCCUUAAAGGUCACUCACAUUCAGUACUCCUGUGUAAUCACAUGAUCCUAUAUGUGUUGUAUUGUCUGUCAAAUAUUUUUCCUUUAAGAAAACAAGUCAUAGUCUU